UGAUGAGAAGUUUAAACUUGUGGAAGGGACUAUCCAGAGGUUCCACAAAUCAGUGUCUUUCUGGAAAAAGUGGGGAGUAUCUUCCAGCAGUUUUUGAGAGAAAUGUGCAGGAAGCCAUCGACAAUUAUACUUGUGAAACGCUUUCAUCACUUUCAUCUAGUGGUUGUACAACACCCACGGAGUUGAAUAAUUCUUGGUCUGGCAUAAACAGCUAUACUACUGGUUUGUCUACUGAAAGAAGUUCAGUUUACUCCUGGAGGGACGAUGAAUUUGAUAAAGCGAACACACAGAGAGUGCAGCAGUUAUUUUGGGAGAUUGAUGAAAUGCUGUUUGAAGGAAAAGUUACCUCCCAAACUCAGAGCCUGCAGGCAGAAUGUGCAGACUGGGUUGAACAAUUUCCUCAUCUAAGGGUUCUAGGAAGGCAGCUCCUAUUGCCGAAGGAUGAAGGUUUUCAGCAUUUUCAGAGCAGAAGUGAUACCUGUGUGGAUACUAAGUGUUUACUUGGCCUCCGUGAAUGUACUAGUAAUAUAAAAGAGCUCUGCAUUUCAGGCUCUAAAAUGAUCCCAACAGCAUCUCCAAUACAUAAAUCACUAGAUUCAAGUUCCACUAGGAUUUCUGCUUCUGACUCAUCCAUGUAUUCAUUCCUGGAAGAAGAAAUCUAUGAUGUGGAUGGAAAAAUAGAAGAAUAUCUUGCCUUUGACAACAAGGAGCUUGAUGAUGAGAGUUGGGAACAAAAGAAAAUGCGUCUUGCUGAGAAGAGGAGUAAGCGUGGCAUUCCCCCUGUUUCUCCCAAUGCCUGUAUCAAAGAUGCUGUAGCUUCUGAAGUAUUUGAUCGUAUCUGGAGCAAUGUAAUUGGAAUAUUGGAGGAACUGAUUCAAAAAAAUUGGGAAACUAGUAUCACAGAGUGUGACAAACAGGUGAAAAAACUGAAAGCUGUUACAGCAAAACUGCCACAUUUGCCAGUCGUUCGUAUUACAGCAGAUGCUGGGAGCGUUCCUCUUUCCAGAGGCUCUGAAGCACGAAGUGUAUCUUUUGGGUCUCAUUUUGUUUCCUCACAGGUUCACCGUUUCUCCAGCAACUUCUGUAGUGAUUUGAAUGGUGUGAUGACAGUUCAAGCAAAACCACUCCAACAGAGGCAUGUUGCCACAGUAGAAAAAAUACAGAAUGAGCAAGAAGACAAACAGCAUAGCAUUGGCUCCAGUGCUCCAAAUUCAGUGCACGCUAGGUUGGGGAGAAUUGCUGAUAACAGUGUUCUCUCAUCAUCUCGGGUACUGCUGGCAUCUUCUAGGAAGCUACCAAGCCAUUGUAGGUUACCUUCUCUCACUUCUGACCAACUCUCCUCAAAAGCUCCUAAUAUGUACAAUGAUGAAAUCCUUAGGGGGACUAAAUUGGGUUCCAGCUCGGAUCGUUUAUCUUCUGCUCGUGCACCUACAACCUGGAACAAGUUACCACCAAUAAACUCGGAGGCUGUUGAACAAUAUCUUUCAGUACCUCGAUUGCAACAGAGCUCUCAUCGAGGACGAUAUGCUCGUAGCAGAGUGUCAAGUGCAGUGCCUGGCAGUACAGAGCAACAGCCACUCAGAGAAAGAACUGUUAUUAUUGAUCAAUUUUCAAGGCCCAACACGACUCAUACAUUCAGGGUAUGUCACAAUACAGACACACCUCAGAAGAGAUCACUGACUCCCAUGGAUUUUGCUCACCACAGAGGGACAGGUCAAAGAUUUUUAAUAGGCUCCCAGCAUUACUACAGAUCCUUUCAGAGAAAUCCUCCAACCUCAAGGAAGAGAUUUCAGAUUGCUUCUUAACCCAGCUUAGCAAGAGACAGAAACCCCCUGCACUGACUGGAAGCCUGCAGUGCUAAAUUUGCCAACUAGUAUCUUGUGUAACAAAGAACAUGUGCAGUAUGUUGGUUUCUGCUGAGCCUUGCAAUCCUCAGGAUGCCUGCAUUGCCUUCUUUUAAAGUUGUCUGACCAGAGGUUAGAGUAAAAAUUACAGCAAAAUGAAAUAAAUGGUUGAGGUGUCUGCUCUGUUUGCAGCAUCAAGAUGUUGCUGCUGCUGCACUUUCUUCUCAGGCAUUCCUCCUUUUUCUGUCUUUCCUUAGGGAAUUGUUAUUCUACCUGUCGAAGCAAGUAAGUUAUGUUUAGGCCACGAAGUCCUGUUCCCACUGUUUCGUGUUUCGUCAGUGUUAAAGAUGUUCUAGUCUAUCCAAACAUCAGUCAUAUAUAAAAUUUAUACUUUUAAACAGGAGUUUGUGGUAUCUCCUCUUUAACUGCUCUUUUAACAUUUCUCCAUUUUUCAGUCUGCCUGCUUAUUGCAGUUGCUCUCCUGUAAAUAUUGUCUGUCCCUACUUUUUCUUCUUCCUUUAAUUCUUUUGAGAUGGAAUUCAUUCAUUGCUUCUACUUAGGCUGUUCUAAUCAUCAGUAACUAUGGGAACUGCUGGGAUAAACCUUGUUUACAGCAAGUAAUGUUUUCCCUGCCAGGCCAAACAUGGUUGUAGAUGCUGAGCAAUUGAACCUGCAUGCUGACAAGUCGGUAAGACCGUUCCCACUUCUUGAGAUUUCUUAUAAAAUAUUGCCUGUUAUUGUACAAAUUAAUCAUAUUUUGAAAUACUGAGCCUUCAAAUUUUUAACAUGAAAAUAAGUAGUUAACUGAUGAAAGCAUUAUUUCAUACCUCUUUGUGUAGACCCAAAUGGGAAGAUCAAAGAGGAGACUGGGAUUGCAUUCUGCCCAAAGAUCCCAGUCCCGAUCAGGUCCCUGGCUAUUAGUACUGUGUGCACUCACAGUCAGGUGUUCCUCCUUCCAUCAGAGCGCCAGCCAGUUUAAGUAGAUGUGUUUGAAGAGCUGUUGAAGGGGAAAGGGAGGAGGAGAAAAACUUAAUUAUUUGCCCAAAUUGUGCAGUUAAGAGCAGAAUCAGUUUCUUCUACUUGGGAGCUAAUACCAGUUCUCAUCACUUCUUUUUAUGAAUGUUCAAGGAUUGGUAAUCCAAGGCAAAGCAUUUGUAAUGUAUAUUUUAUAUCUGUACUGUUAAUCAGAUUUCUAGUUUUUGUAAAUGGUCAUCAAGCACUGCAUUCUUUUGAGUAAAUGAACGCAUUUUUAAAUUA